AUGUCCCGACAAAGUGUAGCGGCGCGUAACUUGUCUUUGACAGAAGAACUUGAGAGACUUGAACAGUCAAUCACUCUCACUCUCCAAGAAAUCGAUCAUAACUUCAGCAAGUCGCAUCGUAUCGUGACAACAAGCAUUCUACCUCUAGUAGAGAAGUAUGGCGACCAUUCCCGUGCUGUCUGGGAAGCUUCCAAAUUCUGGAAACAAUUCUUUGAGGCCUCGGCCAACGUAUCCCUCUCCGGCUAUGAGGAACUUGCCAACGAUGACGAAAGCGAAAGUGUGGAAGAGAGCACGGCUAUGAGAGAAGAUAUAUCUGAAGAUUACACAGCUCAUCAUAACGAAGAUGUCACGACUGCUACGGGUGCUGAACAAUCUACUUUCCAAGCAGAGGAUUCCAUGCUUGACGACGCAGAGCUCUCAGGGAGCACACCUCGACCUGGAAAGACAAAGACCCGAUUCUCCGACAUGGAAUCGCCUUACGAAGUUAUGAAGCGCGAAAUGGAGGACGAAGAUGAUGGCCACGAUAAUACCACGGUCCUAGACGGCAACGAGGACUCGACAAUCCUGUUCGCCCAACACACCGCCAGACUCCCCGACAUGUCGAUGACGCCGCAAGGCCAGCGCGACCACACAAUGACCGGCGAGCAAUCUGUACAGCCUCAGAAAGAUCCUCUACUGCACCGAAUUCUUGACAAGAACUACCGUAUCCAGGCCACACCUCACAAGCCUGCGUUGAGAACCUCGCCGCUCAAGAGUGCUCAAUCAAAGAGCGCCAAGAAGAAUGUACCAACCUGGAACGAUUCGCCGGGCUCUUCGCCCGAGAUGGCAGUGCCAACUCUGCGCAGUGAGGCCUUCAUGUCACCUUAUAAGAGCAAUGCUCGACAACGUCUUGCGGCUGCAACACAAGGUCCUCGAACGCCAGGUGUUAGUGUGCAGACACCGGCAACAGCACGCAAGACACGAGAUGUUUUCGCUGCUAAUGAUAGCGCCAAGGGCAAAGACAGAUAUGAACUCAGUUGGGACAGUGACGACGACGAUGAGGACAUUGAUUUGUACGCUGGCAUGAGUCCGCCCAAGACAAUCCAAUUUGCCCUCCCUCCCUCAAAGCUUUUGCAAACACCAGGCUAG